AUGGUUGAUGUCAAAAAUAUGUUUCAUCAAUUUGAAGUUGAUACUGUUUUUAAUAUGCCACUUCACUGUGGUGAAGAGUUUACAGGUUCUAUUGGAACAGAAGAGUUAUUGCAUGCUGAGCUUGUGUGGGUAAGAACUGAACAAUUGAUUGCUAAAAAGCUCAAUACGUUUUCAGAUAUUUGUCAAUCCUUGAAUUUAAAAUACGAUAGCGAUGGUGUUUUACGAUUACAUGGACGUUUUCCUAAUGUACUUGUUGAACUUGAUAUCAAGCAUCCAAUCUAUCUUCAGACAGAUUUAAUGUUUACAAAAUUAUUAAUAUUAAGAGCACAUGAAAAAACAAGCAAUGCUGGAGUUAACAGUACCUUAAAUGGAAUCCGAUCAAAGUUUUGGUUUGCUAGAGGUAAACGAAUUUUAUCCCUUAUAAAGCGUUGCAUUGUGAGCAAGAAAGUACAAGGUAAAACCUUUAAAGGUUAA